AAAAUUCACCAGGAGCAGUUCUGGCACGGUGGCACCGCUCUCUCACCCUCCCACGUAGCCUACCGCUUGAGCCGACAAACACAAAUGCCCACAGCGACAAUCAUUAAUCGCCUCGGAACUUCGACUUACUGUCCCCUGGAUUCACACUUCAGCACCCUCCUUUAUAUUUUAAAAUUCGUUCUGGACUCUCGAGGGACCGCGCAACAUUGGGCUUUGCUCUCCCCAUAUACCCUCAUUUUCUGAAUGACGGGCGGACGGUUCGAUUUUGACGAUGGUGGCACAUAUUGCGGUGGUUGGGAGGAUGGGAAAGCCCACGGACAUGGCAUCUGCACCGGGCCUAAGGGCCAGGGUGAGUACUCCGGAUCCUGGUCAAACGGCUUUGAGGUAGUUGGUGUUUACACCUGGCCCAGCGGCAACGUCUAUCAGGGCUAUUGGGCGCAGGGGAAACGCCACGGACUCGGCGUGGAAUCGAAAGGAAGAUGGAUUUACCGCGGUGAAUGGACUCAUGGAUUUAAAGGCCGAUAUGGGGUACGUCAAAGCCUCAAUACCCCGGCCAGAUACGACGGGACGUGGAGUAACGGUCUGCAAGAUGGAUAUGGGGUUGAAACAUACGGGGAUGGAGGUACAUACCAGGGCCAGUGGACAGGUGGGAUGCGUCAUGGUUACGGCGUGCGCCAGAGCGUUCCAUACGGCAUGGCCACUGUCAUUCGUUCCCCUCUACGAACCUCCCUGGCCUCCCUUCGCUCUGAGCAGAGCAACGGCACCGUGCUCCAUGACAACCUCUCCGACAGCCCCGCCGGCACCAGGGGCGGCUUCGUCCUAAACUUCCACUCGGACGGAGAGGGCGGCCCGGAGAAGAAGAAGGGCCUGUUCCGCCGGGGGUCCCUGUUCGGCAGCCUGCGACAGCUGCGCAAGUCCGAUUCCCGCUCGUCCAUCUCCAGCAAGCGCAGCUCGGCGCGCAGCGACGGCGCCAUGAGCCGCAUAAGCUCCAGCGACGCCAACUCCACCAUCAGCUUCGGCGAGGGGGACAUGGCGGACGACUAUGCCCCUCUGGAGGACAACGUGGACGCCCUGACCACUGAGUCGUACAUGGGCGAGUGGAAGAACGACAAACGCAACGGCUUCGGGGUCAGCGAGCGCUCCAACGGCAUGAAGUACGAGGGGGAGUGGAUGAACAACAAGCGCCAUGGUUACGGCUGCACCAUCUUCCCGGAUGGCACCAAGGAAGAGGGGAAGUACAAAAACAAUGUGUUGGCCAGAGGCAUCAGGAAGCAGCUCAUUCCUCUAAGGAACACCAAAACCAAACAGAAGGUGGACCGGGCCGUGGAGGGAGCCAUCCGCGCUGCAGCCAUCGCCAGGACAAAAGUAGAGAUCGCUACAUCAAGGACAGCCCACGCCCGGGCCAAAGGUGAAGCCGCAGACCAGGCCGCCCAGUCAGCCAGCCAGGACUCAGACAUCGCCAGGGCUGUGGCCAGGGAGCUGUCCCCUGGCUUCCACCAGCCAGGCCCUGAUUACAUAAAGCAGAGGUUCAAUGAACCGAUUGAGAUCAGAGAGGUCCCAGAGGAGAAGAAGGAGAAGUCUCCCACAGGAAGCCCCCACUUCUACCGUAAAGGGACCACUCCGACCCAGACCCCCACUGAGAGUCCCUCCCAGAGCCCCGCCCCCACGCCCCCCCCCUCGCCCCCCGCUGUCAAGAAGAGCUUCUUUAGCAACAAGAUCACCGCAAAGCUUUCUGGGAAAGAGAACAAGACCCCCGUCGUGGAGACCCAGGCUGCCAGCCUCACCAAGGCUGCCUCCAAGACUUCCCUCAAACAGGAAGUGGAAAUGCCCCAACCCAAACCGUUCAAGGCGGUAGAGCCCGCUGUCGCUAACGCUACCACCAGCCCUGGCAACGGUCAGCUGCACACCCAGUACCAUGGUUACUACGUGAAGGCCGAUGUCAAAAUUCCACCUCCGGAUGAGCCUAUAGGUGUUGAUGAGGAGCUUCAACUCACCGCAUCUGACCUUGCUCGCAUGCCCCCACCAGCCAAGGUGUACCGCACCCCAACACCAAAACCUCCAACGCCAAAGCCGCCUGCUGUGGUCAAAGAGAAUAAACUAAAAAAACAGGAUUCGCACAAGCCAAAGAGUCUAGCAGAAACCAAGAAGGCCAGCAUGGAAAUCAGCUCGGAUACCAUAGAGGAAGAGUCAGGUCCUAACUCAAUUCUGGUUGUCCUGGUUAUGCUGUUGAAUAUUGGUCUAGCAAUAAUAUUUGUCCAUUUUCUGACCUGACAAAGUCUCAACUCAGUGAACUCAUCCAAACUAGUGGCCUAGGCCCCCUAACUCGCUGCGGUUGCGUCAAUGGCCUUUAAAAAUGGCGCCGAGUCAGAUACACACACACAGGCAAACGGAGGACUUGAAAUAGAGUGAAACAUGGGGAGAGAAAGAUGAGACCUGGACCGCCGGGCCCGAGGCCGCCCAGAUUCGCUGGCGAUGAUUUGUGACCCGUCCCAGGUUCUGUGAAACCUGAAGCAAGCAGUGAAAGGGGGAGAGAGAAAAAAAAAAAGGAAAUUUGCUGAUACAAGCUGUAACCAGUCAAGUGCAUUGCCACUCCAUCUGCCUUGGAGGAUGUGUGUGUGUAUGUGUGUCUGCAGGGGGGUGUCAGGGUGUUGUCUUGGAAGGUUGUUGGAAGGGAGGAAGGGGGGUUCCUGGUUGGGGGAGGACUUGACUGGAUAUGUUCGGAGAUGCACUUUUAGUUGACGGAAGCCGACAGCUGCCUUACUAUUUUACCAUCUGACGUGUUUGAGGGGGAGAUGUGCCAAAUGCUGCCAGGGGAUAAAAGUGUCUCAGUGGUCUCUACUGCUCCUGGGAGUGGGUCUGUCUGUCUGACUGUCCGUAUGUCCAUCCAUCUCAAUGUUCACUCUACCACUCGCUAGAAAUCAAACCGUACACUCUGUGGCAGUGGUAGCCAGCAGUCUUACAGCCAUAAAGCCACUGCUACAGCCUUGUCUGGUGUCCAUAGAUCCACAAUAUGAUGCUAGAGCAUGGGGCAGAGUCAGUGGGAUUUUGUUUUGUGAUACCGUGUCCGUUGAUAGCUGUUUUAUUUUUCUUUGUUUACCAAUAUUGAAUUCAAGGGGGCGUUUCAUUUUGUUAAUUUAUUUAUUCAAAGUCGAGACAUCUAUUGCACAGACUUGUUCAUUGGAAUCCCAAAGGAAUUUCAACCGAGCCUUUGUUUCACAAAACAGUUCUUAUGCAGUCGAAAUUUUGAAUUUAAUGUGUAAAAAGAUCUAAAGAAACAAACAAUAUCUUAUGCAAUUUGCAAGUGUGUUUUCAUUGCAAUUACCAUUAAAUUACUGUUUGAAAUUACUGUUUGAAAUCUCAGAUCUCAGAACUAUAGAGAAACAGUUCAUAUUUUACAAUAACUCAAACAUGAAUUUGGAAUACCAUUGUUUGGAUAGUGUUGAAGAAAAAGUUCACACUGUACGUAUAAAAUAAACGUCUGAGACGAUAACAUUUUAAUUAUUUCAUUAUCAGUGUUGAAAAGAUUAUCAAUAAUUAUUGUAUUCCAACAACAAAGAUCAGUAAGUGAUAGCAAAAAUCAUAUUGCACCAAUUAUAACUGAUGUAUGUAUAUAAACUUUAUAGAAAGUCCAUGAAGAAAUUGGGCCACCCUCACAAUUACAUUCAGUUGUCACAUUAUAAACAAUGUUCAUAGUGGUGUGCAAAUGUAUAUUGAUUGUUUUCUGCAAUAAAGGCUCAGUGGAUACUGCAAUAAUGAAUCACUGAAUAAAAUGGAUGUCUUGAAAAAAUGCAAAGAUUUGCUGUUACAUUUCUGGAAAUAUUGCAUACUAUGAUUUGUAUUUAUAGUCCCGUUUCAACUAAUUAAAUAGAGCGAUAAAUACACUACUGUAAUGCAUUCAGUUUUGUUUGAUUCAGACAUGAGUAUGUAAAUUGAAUAUUUAUUUUGUAUGGUACCCAUAAGAAACGCCAUUUCAGAAAUUGACCUAAUUUUUGCAUGCUUGGAUGUGAAUGUUACAUUUCUUGGAUUGUUUUAUUAUCUUAAGCAUUCAGUUAGGUAUCAUUAAUCUGGAAAAAAACUAGCAGCUCUUCCCCAACCCCUAGACUCAACAGAAUUACCUCACACUAACAUGCAUGCUCUGAAGAAGGUGGUGUUUCAACAUCCUUCCCUAUCUAUCUAACGUCCUGCUUGAGUGUUGAAUACCUUCAGGUACAUACAACUGCAUGUUCAGGUGGAUGCCUGACUGGACUUAAACAUGUUCAGGUGGAUGCCUGUCUGGACUUAAACAUGUUCCAGUUUACUGGAUGGAAGAACCAUCGUCUUAAUUAUUAUUUAUUAUUAUUAUUAUUAGGUCUGUUUGCUGUAUUAUCUAUAUUACCAUUUUUGUGCCUAUAGUAAAGCAUGUUCAGUCUAUUAGAGUUUGGAUUUAUUUAUUAAUCAUUAUGUGCCAUUAAAAUCAGAAUAUAUAGUGCAUUGUAUAGAGAGUGUAAUAUUUAGGAGGUAGAAUAUAACUGUUGACAGUUUGAUUAAAAGAAAAAUGGUAGAAAGAGUAAUAUUUUCAAUGGGAGAAAGAUAAAGUAUAGGUUUCAGUAAUGUGCCAGUAUGGACAGAGAGGGCACAACAUUGUGGAAACAUUGUUUUGACAUUGUUUUGGUGGUGUGAUGAUGUGAAGGUGUUUUACAGACAGUGUGGUCUGACUGUCUCAGUGUGUGAGAUGAGAUUGGAUGAGAAGAAAGAAAGCAUCUUUGGUAGAAAAGCCAAUGCAGUGAGGUUUCUGAAUGUUGAUAUCUUGAUGCGUUUUAAUUCAAGAACAGAGAAAGUUGAUACAUUGAAAGAGCCAUUAAUUAUAUAGUUUAUCUUAGAGUUUAUUUUUCUUGUCUAAACUGUAUUUGCACAGCUAUGUAUAAGGCUAUUUUUUACUAGUUGUACCUGACACGCCUUUUACCCUUUUUCAGCCCCAAAUGAUGAGCUUUUGUUACUUAAUGUUUAAAUUAUAGUGACAGGAAUUUUUCUGUAUAAUUUGUAUGUCAAUGUACAUUGUAUACUGUUUCUAGGUCUUUGGGUAUUUUUCUAAAAUGUUCUAAACUGUGUUUUGGAAAACCAUCCUGUUGCCAAACUUUGAUAUGUAGUUUUAAAUGGUUUCAACAUCAAUGUUGUUUACUGUUGCCAGAUUUCCAGGAAAUAUCACUAAAGUUCACCAAAUAUUGACUUGUUUUGAUAUUUCUGGUAUUUCAGACCGCAUAGGAUAUUGUAUUUUUGGCAGUCGUUUCCCACAAGAAGAAUUAAAAAGUGAGUUUACAUGAA